AUGGUUCCGAUCCGCCCCGACACCGUCGGCACUGUCCGCGUUUGCAAGUAUUGCUCCAUCGAGUUCAAGGGUGGUGCGUUUCGAUGCGCUCAGCAUCUCGCGAAAUGGAACGGACAGAAAACGCGCGAUGUCCGCCUGUGCGCGAAGGCUCCGUCUGACGUGCGAGCGGCGGUGCGUGCGCAUUACGAGAAAAAAUCAUCCGGCCGCGACGAAAAGAGGAGGGCCGAGGAGGCUGCACUCCAAGCUGUCGUGGGAGGUUCUAAGAAAGGCCGCAUCACCGACUUCAUUGGCGACGAGCAGAAAUGCAAGAACGCAGAGGCGAACAACUCCGGCUGCUUGUCCUUCGCCGGCUGCCGCAUUCCCGCACACCACGCCGACAACCCAUUGUGGCGCAACAUGGUGCGGGCCUUUAACAACGCAUGCCCCCGUUAUGUCGCGCCGCGCCGUAACUACGUGGGAGGGGCUGGCCUCAAGCUUUGCCGCACGGGCAUCGAGAGGGGGCUUCAGCCAAUCGCCGCGAGCUGGAAGAGGGAUGGCGUCACCGUCUCCUCCGACUUGAUGACCGAUCGGUGCGGGAGGCCGCAGGCGAACGUCAUGCUCAUCAACGACUCCGGAGCAGUGUUCGUCGAGACUAUUGACUGCAACAUGGAGUCAAAAACCGGCGGCUACAUCGCUUCCAUUCUCCGCCCCAUCAUCGAGAAAGUGGGGCCCGAAAACGUGGUCGCUCUUUGCAUGGACGGGGGCUCCAACUACGGGGCCGCCUGCAAGGAGCUUAUGGCGGAAUGGCCGCACAUCGAGUACGUGCCGUGCGCUACGCACGUGCUCGACCUCCUCAUGGAGGACGUUGGGAAGAUCACGUGGGCGAAGGAGAUUGUGGAUCGGUGCGGGGACAUGGUGAGUUACGUUCGUAACCACCAUUUCACCCGCAAUUACCUGAGGAGUGGGGCGGUAAAGGGAGGAAAGGGGAAGCAGCUUGUGAAGCCGGCGGGGACCAGGUUCGGCACCAACUUCAUCGCCCUCUCAAGGCUGUGCGAGCUGCGGUCUUCGUUGUCGACCAUGGUGCUGAGCGAGGAGUACGGCAACUGGGGGAGCGGGGCAAGGAAGCAGACGGCAGAUAAUUUCCGCAGCCAAGUCAUGGACGACGAGUGGUGGAAGAAAGCAACUUACCUCGUGGAGCUCUUGGCGCUUCCGUUCAAGGUGAUGCGGGCCACGGAUAGCAGCGCUAAGGGCAUGAUGGGCACCAUCUAUGACCUCAUGCUCCAGCUGACCGAGGACAUGAACGCCAAGGUGGAUGCGGGGGACAAGAUUCUGACGCGGGCGGAUGCGGAUAAGAUAGGAAAGAUUGUUAAGAGCCGUUGGGAUGAGAGCCUCGCUUGCGCGCUUCACGUCGUUGGCCGGAUCCUGAACCCCGCAAAUCAGGAAGAGGGUAUAUUCCGCAACGAUGUGGAAUGUACCCGCAUCUUCAAGGCCUUCAUCGCGCGCCACUACGGCGGCAAGACCUUCACCAACAAGGACGGUGAGGAGAGGCGUGCCUCUCUUGUUUUGCAGGAGGGGCUCACGGCCUUCCUCACCCUUGAAGGUUCCUUCGGCCUUCCAGAGGCAAUUGCCGACAGAGAGGCCGUGAAGGCAGGCAAGCUGUCGAUGGUGGCGUGGUGGGGAUGGCACGGGACUGACCACCCCCACCUGGCCAGCCUUGCGUGCCGUGCCCUGACACAGCCGGUGUCGGCGUCGCCGUGUGAGCGCGGGUGGGCAUCGUGGGAGUCGGUGCAUACUGCCCGCCGCAACAAGCUAGGCUCGGAGAAACUCCGGGACCUAGUUUAUGUGGCCCACAACUGGCCGGUGGUCCACAAGUACCACAAGCUGGGUGAGUCACUGGCGGUGCUUCCGGGCAACAUCCCUGCUCCCCCUCUGCCGGAGGGAUACAAGGAGGAGGAGGAAGGGGAGGAGGAGGAGGAGGAGGAGGAGGAUGAGGCCGUGCUGGCCGAUGAGUACGUGGAGUAA